AGCUCCUUUUAUAAAGAAAUCACAACAAAUAGACAAGCAGAAAAUCUCUCUCCCUCUAUGAAGUCUCUGUGGAGAUUUAUAACUUCGUUUAGUUUUUCUAAGUAGAUAACAGAACUAUUGGUAUUGUUUCUUCGACUUUUCAAUCUGCAAUCCAUUGGCCAGGAGUGUGGUUGGUUCCCUUCACAGCUUGGAACCAGAAAACGAGGUUUUCAUAUUACAACUAGAGUAGUAAGCCGUUUUUUUCUUUUUUUUUUCCUUUUUUGUUCUCGUCUCUAAUCUGAACUUCUCUCUUAGAGUAUUUUUAGCGAAAUGGGUUCUUUCUAUUGAUGGGCUCUACAGUCCACAGGGUUGCUUUCAUCUGGGUUGAAUCGAGAAUUUUCCACACUUGUUUUUAUUGUUUUUUCCCUAUGAGUUGGGUUUGGGUGGUUUUAGCCUUUUAGGUUACAGGGUUCAGAUUGAGAAACCUUUUUUUUUUCUUUGGGACUUCGAUUUUCUUGUUUCUUUUCUCUUUGAUGCUAACCGCUGGUUUCCCUAGUAAUUUAUAGUUUUGGGUCUUGUCGUGAAUCUAAUAUCUUUAUUUUACUGUAUGCCUUAUUCUAUUUUCUUCACUGGAGGUUGAGGGCAUUUGACUGUUUUAAAUUCUUUCGUUCUUUCUACUAAUUAAGUAUUGAUCCCUGAAGUUUUCAGCCCCUGGAGUUUUGAGUUUCGGUAAUUUGUUGUUUUGAGUUUCGGUAAUUUGUUGUUUUGAGUUUAGGCAUUGUGUUUUAUGGGUUCGUUUCUUUCUGGGUUAUUUAUAUUGCAAUUGGAGCAAAAGGGGAAGUUAAAUGAACUGGGGUACUGAUACUAAUUGUGGUUGUGAGAGUGGAAAUGGAUGUAUGGGUUGUUGCAGUAGCUGCCUGUUCCGGAUACCUAGCUAAGUAUUGGAAGAAUCUUUCGAAGGAGAAAGAAGGUCCAUCCCAAUCGUCUUCAGGAGACUCCCUGUGCUUGAAAUCUGAAUCCCAACCUUUGCUGCAACAACUGCGUGAGCAGACGAGCAACUUCCGUAGACUCAGCCAGACACAAUCAGGUGAAGACUCUUCUUCUGGUAGAGAAGAGUUCUCGUCGAAUCUGGAUUUGAGAUUUUCUGACACGCUCCGGUCAUGUAGCUCUUCAGCAACAGAAAUGGCUUCAACUAGUGGGUACAAUGGUUCAACCCAUUUUGGGGAGUAUGAUGAUUACAGUGUGCUUUCUACAUCGAGUUUGUCUUCAGGUAUCUCUAAUGAAAAUCAUGAAAAGAAUGGGAGUGGAUUCAAGGGAAACAACGAGGUUGGUGAUAGUUCUGGCAAUUUUUUAUCAUCAGAAUUUUCCACAGCAGAGAUGAAUAUAAGUAAUAGAUACAGCAGAAGUAGAAGUCUUAAAAGUAGACGGCCUUUGGGGUAUUCUGUUAAACCAAUAAGUUCUUUAGAAAGUUGCCUCAUAGCUCAGCUGUACAAGGAGCAUGUUGAAAUGGAAGAAUAUGUGUUUAGUUCACUUUCAUCGCCACGUACACCAGCUGUGAGGCCAUUUCUUGUAACUGAUGGAAGCAGAAUAAUCAGCAGAGCAAGUGGUGAUUACACUAUGCAAUCCGAAAGCUUGGGAAGUAAACUGUACGGCAAGAGUGAAGUACACUCAGAAGAGAAGACAGCAUUUGGGGUGUCUCCGCUUCCAGAAAUUGAUUCAGUGCAGCUUCCAAGGAAGGUCAAACAGAAAAGAGGGAAGGGGCGGACAGGAAGAUAUAGUAGUUCCAAUUUGAAAGUCUCCCUGAGAAGCUCUCGUUCAGAAGGAUCUCCCAAUGAAGUGCUUCUUUUCUGCAUUGGAAUCGCUGUAGGUGUAAUGACUACUCUUGUAGCAAAUAAAAGAGAAGUGGACAAAUUAAAGGACUUGUUAAAGCAGACUGAGAACUUAGUUCAAGAUCUACAAGAGGAGUUGGAGAUGAAGGAUUCACUGACUGUGAAGGAGCUAACUAAUGAAGGUUAUGAAUCUCAGGAAAUCAAUGACAUUUGCUUUCUUAACCAGGCCCCAGCUCCAUUUCCUUCUGAACACAAAUGGGAUGCAUCUACUAAAUGUUAUAGUAAAGAACCACAUGAUCAGAAAGCUAACAAGAGUUCAGAGUCUAUGAGUAAAAUUGAAGCAGAGCUUGAAGCUGAACUGGAGAGACUGGAAGUAAACAUGAAUUCAUCUAGCUCACAGAGAAGGUUAUCCGACUUUCUGGAGCUUGAUCCAGACUUUGUAGGAGAAAUUAUCCAUGGAGAACUGAAAGCAGAAUUAAUUAAUGGUGGAGCUGGUUACCAAGUUGACUCAGACCGAGAUGCAAGUGGCACCUCAACUCAAACCCAGAAUGCAAACUAUGCUGUCUCACCUAGAGAGCUCAGUUUGCGUCUUCAAGAAGUUAUUCAAGCAAGGCUAGAGGAACGCAUCAUGGAGCUUGAGACAGCCUUACAACAAAGUCAAACACGGGUGCAUUUAAUGGAAUCAGAACAGAUCAAUUUCAGGAGAGACUUCUCAAACAGUGAAAUAGGAUCUUCAUCGAACCAAGAAAGCCCAACCAUGGCAGAGGAGAGCAAUAAUGUAGCCCACCCAUUAGUUCUAAAUCUAUCAGGCGAAGCACUUGAUGCGUACAACGAAGCAUAUGAAGAGUUAAUGAGAGUGACUGAGCCAGAAGAAGAUAUGUCAUCCACGGCAUCUAAAAAUAACAAGAUGGACCAAGAUGCAUUAAAUCCGUUUGGUAAGAGUCCAUAUUGGAGCCAAAAUGAAGGUGGGGAAUAUGGUUCCAUCUCCCAUUUUGGUGUCAUUGAGGAGAGGUGGUCAAGGAAUUCGGUUCAUAAUAAAGUGACUACAUGGGAAGAGCGGAUCUCAAGGAAUCGAGGAUCGAAUGAGGUUGGUGAGAGCGAAGAUGAAGAAGAUGAAAUGGGAAAGCUGUUGAUAAAACGGAUUGUGGAAAAGGCCAGGCAAGGUUCUCCUGUAGUUUUAAAUGCUCGAAAAAUGUUAUUUUCAAUGGAUGAAAACUAAAAUUAGAAUGAAACUAAAAAAACAUAAUGCAUUAAUUGCUUGGUUGCGUU